AUGGCAACCGUCACGCACCAAAUCUCAUCCCAACCAGUUCCUCAUUACUACUUGGUAGAAUUGACAAAUCCCGCUGUAUUAGAUGGUGAAGAUACCGCCACCAUAGCCCAACAGCAACAAGAGUUUUUGGCUCAUGUCGCGUCAAUCGGCAUACCAAUGAUUGAACGUGCACGAUUCAAGCUCUUGUUUAACGGAUUUUCCGUGAAGUUACCUAUAAACGCUACUGAAAACGCUGAUAGGAUCGCCAAUGCACCUAUGGUCCGCAACGUAUUCCCAUUAAUGGUAUAUGAACGACCUAAAAUACCCGUGCAAGCUCCAGACGAUGUAUCUAUACAGCAGCAACAACAAACUCAACAAGAAAGCCUAGCUGGUCUGCCACCACUGCUAUCACAAGUACAUGAUCAAACUGGAGUAUCGACUCUACAUGCAAAAAACAUUACAGGUCGUAAUAUACGUAUUGGGAUUAUCGAUACUGGGAUUGAUUAUCGUCAUCCAGCCUUUGGGUCUUGUCGACGUAUAGGAGAUUUGCCUCCUUGUCGAGUAGCAUAUGGUUACGACUUUGUCGGGAACGGUGCUCCUGCUUUUGAUGUAGAUGGGCCUACGCAGCUCAUUGGUGCUGAUGUUGGUGGAGUAGGUGAUGAUCCUAUGGAUUGCUCUGGUCAUGGAACGCAUGUCGCAGGUAUCGCCGCAGCAUCCCUAACACCAAAACUCGUUGGUGUAGCUCCUGAUGCGCUCAUUGGAGCAUACAAGGUCUUUGGAUGUACGGGUGGUGCAACUUCUGAUGCUAUUAUACAAGCUAUGGAGAAGGCGCACUCUGAUGGCAUCGAUGUUGUCAAUCUGUCUAUUGGAGGUGGGAGUACUUGGCCCGGCGUACCAGAAGCUAGAGCUGCUGCAGCGCUAGCUAGAUCAGGAGUCAUUGUCAUUGCUGCACAAGGAAAUGAUGGAGCUGAUGGCCUUCUAAUGUCUUCAUCUCCUGGAGUUGCAUCGAACGUCAUUUCAGUUGGUGCAACUGAGACAAACUACUUUCUCGGUGGUUUGCUAUCAGUCUCGACUAUGCCAUCUCAACGUAUUCAAUGGGCUGGAUCAGUCAAUCCUCCCAUUCUCAAUGCUACAAUUACUCUUGCAUAUGAACCAAAAUCCAUGUGCAGUGAUGCUGAUAUGGGACAAAACAAUUCAAUUCAUAAAAAUAAGUUGGUUUUGGUUCGUCGUGGGGUCUGUACUGUAGCUAAUAAGGCUAAGAAAAUCCAAAAGAUGGGAGGUGUUGGAUUGGUAUUGUGGAACAGCCAACCUGACUUAUUUAAGUUCGCACUCAACUUGGAUGAAUCUUCCAUUCCUGUCUUUGGAGUUUCUGGGAUUGAUGGUCAACUGCUACAUGAUCAGAUUGUAGCAGCUAAUUAUACUGCUCAAGUCGUGUUUCAUGGUAACUUGAGUGCUUUUCCAAAUCCUUCGGGAGGACAAGUCGCAGAAUUUAGCUCAUUUGGUCCAAGCAAGUAUCAAUGCUCUCCGAGUGCGUCUCGUCUUCUUCUUUGCCAAUAUUCUCCACUCCACCCUCUAGGUCCUGACUUGACAAUUAAACCCAACAUUGGCGCUCCUGGUGCACUCAUACUGUCUUCGUUUCUGAGUAGUAAGGGAUCGUAUGCAGUGCUCUCUGGCACAUCAAUGGCAUCACCUUAUUCCGCUGGCGUCUCCGCACUACUCGCAAGUCGAGCUAAAUCACUAAACCAAUCCACGCCAAACAUCAAAUCCACACUCGAAUCAACCUCGAAUACUAUAGCAAACGCUUCAAUUGUACGACAAGGUGCUGGCAGCAUCAAUGCCGUCGCAUCCUUUUCAGCUACAGCCAUCAUAUCUCCAACAUUAAUAAACUUGGGUGAUGAAGCUAGUACUCGUCACUCUCGAACUGUACAAGUUAAUAUGACAUCCAUCGCUUCAUACCCAAUUACAUAUCAAAUCAAUCAUCAACCGAUGCCAGCUAUAUCAGCAUCACAGGAUCCAUGGAUGCUACCUGCUUUGACAAACGAUUCGUACCAUGUAUCGGUUACAAUUGCACCGUCACGCAUUGAAGUCCUUCCAAACUCGACCAGGAGUGUAGAUAUCGAGUUUAGGUUACCUCAUGAUGGUAACAGUAAUACGACAUGGUAUUAUGGUGGAUUCAUCACUUAUACACCUGUAGACAGUAAUAGGUCAAACACUCGAUUGCAUUCUACAUAUCUUGGGUUGAGUAAGAAUGCUUCCACACUCCCUGUAUUUCCAAGUAAUGGGUCUUCACCACGUAUGAUCCGUCAAAGUACCACGAACAAUAAUAAUAAUCUGAACAACAACAAUGACAAAGAAACAAUCCCAUUCACAUCAACAUCAAGCACCACACCACCACUACAAUCAACACUACCGAAGAAAAUCAACUUCAGAGACUCUGUAUACACCAUCUCCAUGGUUUUCUUACGGCCUGCACGAGAGGCAUCAGUAUACAUGGUGCCGUAUGAUAAUCCAACACAAGGACGAUUAGUUGAUCGAUUGAAAUGGAUUGGAAGGUCAAGUGCUAAACGUGUCAGUCGCAGUGUCGUGUGGGAUGGUAUUGGUGCUAGAGUCCAUCGUGCGUACAAGUUGGUGAUUAAAGUUGUCAAAGCUGGUGAUGGGGAUUGUCAUGCUGGUGGUGUGCAUGAUGAGUGGAGUAGUGAGUGGUUGAACGUGACUAGUGUGGGGGAUCCUUUGGACUUUUGA